AUGCAUUACUUCAGCCAAUCGUGUUACUUGGAGCCGUACAUGAAAGUGUUCAGCACCGCCGGCAUGGACCAGGGACAAAUUGGGGAACUAACAAGUCGUGAUUGGAGUAAGAAGAAUGAAAAAGAAGUGGUGAUGCGGACUGCGACUUUUGGGAAGCUCGUCCGGGAGAUAUCGAUUUGUGCUAAGAGAAAUGAUUAUAAGGCGGUGGAUGAGGAGGGCGUGGAGGUGGUGCGGAAGGGGUUGGGUGAUGAUCUUGUGGUUCCGAUGGGUUUGAUUGCGGUUUUGAGAAGGCAGAAGGUGUUGGAUAGUAAGAAUGGGAAGGUUUAUCCUUGUCAGAAGACGAAAGAUGACGAUUGA